AUGCAUAGCCCGUCCCUCUUGACCUCGCUGAUUGCUUGGUCCUCUUCCCAUUUGUCAUUACGUGACCCCUCAUUCCAACAAGUUGCUAUACGGAACCGUUGCACCGCCCUCCGGGACCUCCGAAAUGCUCUUGAUUGCGAGCCGACCAAUACGGAGAUCACGCUUGCCAUGUCAUUGGUCUUGUGCUCAUUGGAGAGCAUAAUGGCUGAUAAUGGCCACGCUUGGUAUCUCCAUCUCGAGGGCGCCGCUAGGAUCAUCGCCUCUAAAUUCAAUACUUUGGAAUCAUUGGAAGACUCAGAACAUUGUUCGCAGCGUGUGCUGCUGCAGUUCGAUGAUGCGUAUACGGGCCGCUGGUUGCUCCGCAACUUUGCAUAUCGCGAUAUUGUGAUGUCCGUAGCUCGAGAUCGAGCGCCCUUGCUCAACUCCUAUUACUUUCUGCGACUAGACGAGCCCCGGCUUCCUGAUUCCCACUUUGGUCUUGCGUCCGAAAUUUUGGAGAUUCUGUCUCUCACCAGUACCCUCCAGGAGAAGAUACAAACUUUGCUCUCUACAUCGACAACAGAAAGUGAAUCUGGACUGAGUGAAUUCAAUGAUAUCCAGCGAUCUACUCAAAUAUCCGAGCUGACGACCAAUCUUGCCUCACUUGAGUCUCGCCUUAUCGGCUGGACAUGUCCUUCGUCUUCAGAUAUGUCAUUACGGCUAUUGGCUGAAUCCUAUCGCAGCUCAGCUUUGAUUCAUUUGUAUCGUGCUAUGCGCCGGGCGUGUCGAGAUCGACAAGCCGAACUCUUAGCGAAAAUUACUGAUCAAGUUGAAGUAAUUGUGAGCAGUGUUGAACAAAUGCCAAUGCGCUGUCUGCCGGAGUGCACACUGCUCUUCCCGCUGUUUUUAGCAGGAGGGAAAGCCACCCAAGAAUCCCAUAUCAAUUCUAUUCGAAACCGAAUGCUUGACAUGAUUAAGUCUCGGGGGUUUCGCAAUGUGGAAGUAGCGCUGUCUGUGUUGGAAAAGCUCUGGCGACUGAAAAUCGUAAGGCAACCAGCAGAGACAUCUACGCGAAUUGACUGGCUUGAUAUUGUACGGCAGGAUGGAAUUGAUCUUUCUUUGUCGUGA